AUGGAUGUUUUACUGUCAGAACCACAACCAAAGACCAGAGAUGAGUUCUUAAAAUAUUCAAGAGAAAUCACUCUGGAUCCAAACACAGCAAACGCAUGGCUGUUAUUAUCUGAAGGGAACAGAAAAGUAACAGUAAUGAGACAAGAACAACUUUAUCCUGAUCAUCCAGACAGAUUCACUUAUUUUCGGCAGGUCCUGAGUAAAGAGAGUCUGACUGGACGUUGUUACUGGGAGGUGGAGUGGAGAGGGCAAGGAGUUGAUGUAGCGGUCGCAUACAAGGAUAUCUGCAGAACAGGAAACUCAUUUGAAUGUGUAUUUGGACAAAAUGACAUAUCUUGGUCUUUACGUUGUAACACCAACAGCUAUUCAUUUUGGCAUGGUACCAUCCAAACUCCCCUCUCUGGUCCUCGGUCCUCCAGAAUCGGAGUUUAUCUGGAUCACAGAGCAGGUAUUCUGUCUUUCUACAGCGUCUCUGAAAUCAUGACUCUCCUCCACAGAGUCCAGACCACAUUCACUGAGCAUACAUGCUGGAGUUUGGCUUCCAUAUGA